CUUUAUACCAUUUGUAUAGCGCAAUCCCACUCGAUAAGGCGCAUGCGACAUUCUUUGAAAAGCUGGUCUAAAUAAAUUCUCGGUUGAAGCGAUCAGAUUGACAUCAAAACUAUGUCCAUAUUUACGAGUUAAGACCAUGCUUAUUAAAAUUAACUUAAAAAUAAUAAAUGUUCAUUGCCUAUGUUUGGUCUAGAUCCAAUUAAAAAUAAAACAUUUAAGCACCACAAAAUGUUAUGGCUUCUUUCGAUCAUGUUAUUAUUCAUCUCUUGCGUCAGUUUGCUAAAGAUUUUUAAAGCCAAGGAAUGGAUCACAGAAGGCCCAAUUCCGCCCCAUAACAACCUUGACUCUGGACCUCGUGGGCCUUUCAAAAGCCCUUAAAUGAAUGGCCGUUUCCAGGAACCGUCGCAACCCGACCCGCCAAACCCGUCAUCUUUUUCAAAACCUAUCCGCGAGUUUUUUUUUUUUUGCGCCGGUAUUUUCUUUUGCUGUACCUCCUCACCGGCGAAAAUGGCUUCCCUGUACCUAUCUUCAAUAUUCGUCGUCAGUCACCGAAGCUUAAUUAGCGCGCCGUCAACCCUCCGGCGCACACUAGCUUCCACUCGCGGCCGUUCUCUACUACACAGGCACCGCAACAAGUUCGCUCCAGCUCGUUCGAAAUCAAACUCAAACCACAGGCAUAUCAGCUGCGCAUCUUCGAAAGCGGACGUCGCUCAAUCCACCGCCAUUUCCGAAUUCCCCGCUUAUCCAGAGUACAAUCGGCUGUUACCAUGCCCGAUUUACAAUUUCCCUCCCAGAGUCGAGCACCUUGUAGUUUCAGAAGAUGCUAAAGUUCUAGACUUUAUCUGCAAGGCUCUUGAACUUCCUCCACUGUUUGUUACAGAUCUCAUUCAAUUCGGAGCUGUACAUUAUGCCCUUGUAUGCCCACAGCCGCCACCAACAGCAACUCCGGAGCAGAUUAGGAUAUUCAAAGAGGUCACAGCACCUUCUGUUCUGAAGAAAAGAGGUUGCAUUAAAGGGAAGACGGUCCGAGAAGCACAGAAGACUUUCAGGAUAACUCGUCCCGAUGAGUUCGUUGAGGCUGGAACGUAUUUACGUGUUCAUGUGCAUCCCAAGCGCUUCCCUAGGUGCUAUGAAAUUGAUUGGAGAUUGAGAAUUAUAGCUGUAGCUGACUCCUAUGUUGUUUUGGAUAAACCUGCUGGCACGUCGGUAGGAGGAACAACUGACAACAUUGAAGAAAGCUGUGCAACAUUUGCUACUCGUGCAUUGGGGUUAACAGAACCAUUGAAGACGACUCAUCAGAUAGAUAAUUGCACGGAAGGCUGUGUGGUGUUAGCUAGGACUAAGGAAUACUGCUCAAUUUUUCAUCAGAAAAUUAGAGAGAAACAGGUGAAGAAACUUUAUCUUGCUCUCACCUCAUCUCCACUGCCAACUGGUGUAAUUACCCACUACAUGCGUCCAAUUAACAAGGCUCCACGUCUUGUUUCAGAAGAGCAUGUAGAUAGGUGGCAAUUGUGUCAACUUGAAGUUAUCGAAUGCAAGGAGGUCCCUUGGCCGAGCACAUCGAUCGAAGAAAGGAAUUGUGUUGAAGACUGUGGGUGGCCCACGAGAGACAAAGCGUACGAAUGCAGGAUUAAUCUUUUGACUGGUCGCACUCAUCAGAUUCGAGCUCAGCUAGCUGCCUGUGGCGCCCCCUUGGUUGGCGAUUCGAUGUACAUGCCUGCUGCAGUUGCUGAGCUAGCCAGUCCGGGGCUAAACCCAUUCGGGAAGCACAGACACCACUACACCAGCAACGAUGAAGACGAUUACCAAAUAGCCGUGGAAGAAUGGAUUGCACUUCACGGCAAAGAACCAACUGCCGCCAUUGGUCUCCAGGCUUGUCAAAUCUCUUGGGAAGAAGGCGAAUAUAGCUAUGAGGCCGGAUCCCCCUGGUGGAGAUGACGGGGGAAAAAACACAGCAGCUUGCAUCCAAAUUCACCAACCAAGCGAAAUGGACAGAGCAGAAUAGACCUUUUCGUAAAGGGACCAAUUGCUUGUCGCAGGAAUCUUAAGUCGGGAAAUUCUUACCAAGAAAAGGUACAAAAGCUUAUACUCUUGUCAUGAAGUUUCUUGAAGAGAAUCUUUCUUGCGGUUAUCAAUCAGCCAGUUUCAUAUCAUUAUCAUGGCUCACAAUGAAUCCAUAUAGAAUUA